GUCAAUAGAAGCACAUGGUCCGUGUUCGUUGCAGGAAGUGAAGUGAAGAUGGCGGGCCAGUCGUUGCUAUCUGAGUCUGCUCUCGGGUGGUCUAUUUUCGCCCUUGUAUUUUUGGUGAUCCUGUCCUUCUGUUGGGUCUACAUCAGGAAGUACCAGAGCCGCCAGGAGAGUGAGGUCAUCUCAACCAUCACAGCAAUAUGUUCAUUGGCCAUUGCACUGAUAACCUCAGCACUUCUUCCUCUGGAUAUAUUCUUAGUGUCUUACAUGAAGCACCCCAACGGUACUUACAAGGAGUGGGCAGAAAACAAUGAGACACGAGGCCAAAUCGAAGACACUGUGCUGUAUGCAUAUUACUCACUGUACUCCAUCCUCCUGUUCUGUGUCUUCCUGUGGAUCCCCUUUGUCUAUUUCUAUUAUGAGGAGAAGGAUGAUGACAACAUCAACAAGUGUUCACAAGUGAAAAAUGCUCUGAAGUACACAGUUGGAUUCAUCAUCGUCUGUGCAGCACUGCUAUUAAUUGGCCCCACCCCAGCUCCCAUACCCAACUCCCAGCCUCAGCUCCCAUCCCCCAGUUCCCAUCCCCCAGCUCCCACCCCCCAGCUCCCAGCUCCCAUCCCCAGCUCCCAUCCCCCAGCUCCCAUCCCCCAGCUCCCAUCCGCCAGCUUCCAUCCCCAGCCCCAUCUCUAG